AUGGCUUUUCGUAAUUCCCUUCCAAAAACAGCCACCAUCACAACCUUCCCCUUGUUAGCACCGGACAUAACAAAUCCAAAUUGUACAAAUUGCUGCCUGCCAAUUACCACAAACAUAAAAAUAGUGGAUUUUGUGCUUCCACGACCAUCUGAUCUCUUGCGCCAUAGGCAGGCUGCUCAUAAAGUCGACAACGUCGAAUACCUAGUCAAGUAUGCGGUGGCCAUUGAACGCAUGAAAUCCCUUCCUGCAGACGACCAACGUAAUUUCAUGCAACAAUCUAACGUCCAUCGUGCUUAUUGUGAUGGUGCUUACUACCAAGUUGGGUUUCCAGGCCUUCAGUUUCAAGUACACAAGUCAUGGCUCUUCUUUCCAUUCCAUAGAUGGUACCUCUACUUCUAUGAAAAAAUCUCGGGAAAAUUAAUCAAUGACCCAACUUUCGCAUUGCCAUUUUGGAAUUAUGAUGAUCCUGAUGGCAUGCAACUGCCUACAAUGUAUGCUAAGAGCAACUCCAAUGCUCUCAUUUGGGCCUCUCAAACUCAAAAUAUGAGAGUUGGGUAA